GCCAAGAAACAACAAGGGUGCGCUAAGAACUGCAGUUAAAAACAUAACCCUCAUCUCCCAUCCCUCCAAAACCCUGCAUCUUCCUCAAUCCUCACCACCCCCCUAAACCUUCACUCUUCCGCCAUGGGAUCUCAAGCUCCUGAGGUGAAAUCAAACCUGGUUCUUAUUUUGGAUUACGGUUCACAAUACACCCACCUGAUUACCCGCCGAAUCCGCAGCCUCUCAGUCUUCUCUCUGUGCAUCAAUGGCACUUCCCCACUAGAAGCCAUAACCAAGCUGGAACCAUCUGUCAUCAUCCUCUCCGGCGGCCCACACAGCGUCCACGCCGAUGGAGCGCCUUCGUUCCCACCCGGGUUUAUUGAAUACGUCGAGUCUAGAGGCGUGUACUUGCUCGGAAUCUGCUACGGACUGCAACUGAUUGUCCAGAAGCUAGGAGGGGUAGUGAACGUCGGGGAGAAGCACGAGUAUGGGCGGAUGGAAAUUGAGGUGGCGAAGGGCGGAUGUGGGUUGUUUGGGAACAAGAGUGUUGGGGAUCGACAGGUGGUUUGGAUGAGCCACGGGGAUGAAGCCGUGAAGCUGCCUGAGGGGUUUGAUGUUGUGGCUCGGAGUAAUCAAGGGGCCGUGGCUGCUAUUGAGAACAGGGACAGAAGGUUCUAUGGGUUACAGUACCAUCCCGAGGUUACCCAUUCACCUGAAGGAAUGGAAACAUUGAGACACUUCCUCUUCAAUGUUUGUGGAGUUACUGCAGGCUGGAAGAUGGAGGAUGUGCUAGAGGAAGAGAUAAAGAUUAUCAAGGGAAUAGUAGGGCCUGAAGAUCACGUCAUUUGUGCUUUAUCUGGAGGUGUUGAUUCAACUGUAGCAGCUACAAUAGUACACCAGGCUAUUGGGGAGAGGCUUCAUUGUGUCUUUGUUGACAAUGGUCUAUUGAGGUAUAAAGAAAGUGAGCGGGUGAUGGAGACAUUUCACAGGGAUCUCCAUUUACCUGUUACUUGUGUUGAUGCAACAGAUCAAUUCCUAAGCAAACUAAAAGGUGUUGUGGACCCGGAAAUGAAGAGAAAAAUAAUUGGGAAGGAGUUCAUCUGCAUAUUUGAUCAGUUUGCGCAAGAUUUAGAGAAGAAAUUAGGGAAGAAACCUACUUACUUGGUCCAAGGAACAUUGUAUCCAGAUGUGAUAGAGUCGUGCCCCCCACCAGGCAGUGGAAGGACACACUCACACACUAUUAAGAGCCAUCACAAUGUUGGAGGGCUUCCCAAAGACAUGAAGUUGAAGCUCAUUGAACCACUAAAACUCCUCUUCAAGGAUGAGGUUCGUGAAUUGGGAAAGAUUUUAAAUAUUCCGGUGGCUUUUCUGAAACGCCAUCCUUUCCCUGGGCCUGGCCUCGCUGUUCGAAUUCCAGGUGAUGUCACAGAAGGAAAUGCCUUGGAAAUUCUCCGCCAGGUGGAUGAGAUUUUCAUUCAAUCAAUCAAGGAAGCUGGGAUUUAUGAUGAUAUCUGGCAAGCAUUUGCUGUGUUUUUGCCAGUGAAAACAGUGGGAGUUCAGGGAGAUCAAAGAACACAUUCUCAUGCUGUUGCACUUAGGGCAGUAACUAGUCAAGAUGGAAUGACUGCAGACUGGUACUACUUUGAAUUCAAGUUCCUCGAUGAAGUGUCAAGAAGAAUAUGUAAUGGUGUCCGGGGAGUGAACCGAGUCCUUCUAGAUAUCACUUCCAAGCCUCCAUCAACCAUUGAAUGGGAAUAAUCCUUCCAUUGUGAUUUAUGAUUAAUCUCUGGUGUUAGUGAAACCAGAGAGUUUUGGAAUGAUUUAUACCAAGAAGUAUCGUUAUAUUGUCAGCCUUAGUAUGUUAGUUUUAGAGGAUUGCUACCGGACAUUAUGGGUUAUCCCAUAUUCCCAUAGUGUCAACAUUCAUGUGAAAUUAUCAUUAUAUUCUCACCCAUAAGGUUACAUAUAUAUUCUUUGAGAGUUUGAGGUAU